AAAUUCAAGUUCAUUUUCUGUCGUGAAUAUGUGGCAAAAAUAUGGUGGCCAGGCUAGUGCCAAAACGCAAAAAAGGGAAAACUAGGGAGGUCAAACUGAAAAACUAAGAAUUUGAGUGGCAUCAGCGCAAAAAGUUUACACUCCUUUCCCCAGCCCAUCGUGUUUGCCUCUGCUCUCUUUCAUGGCUUCUCUGCAACGCGCAGUUUCCCCGUUGAUCAUUCUUCUCAUCGACGGCGUAAAACCUUCCCUGUAACAAUUCGUACACUUCGCCACCUCAGAGGACCCAGAAGACCCUGAGAAGAUCUAAAACAUGGCGAGAAGAAACCUCCUGAUCCUAAAACAACUCGUUUCCCGUUCAACACCUUCCUCGUCUACAGGAAUAGGGCAGCGAUUCGAAUUUAAACGAUCCGUGACCUACAUGCCUCGACCUGGUGAUGGUGCCCCUCGCGCCGUAACCCUUAUCCCGGGCGACGGCAUCGGCCCUCUGGUCACCGGCGCCGUGGAGCGGGUCAUGGAGGUGAUGCAUGCGCCGGUGUACUUCGAGCGGUACGAGGUUCGCGGCGACAUGAAUAAGGUGCCGCAGGAGGUGAUCGAGUCGAUUCGGAAAAACAAGGUGUGCUUGAAGGGUGGCUUGGCGACUCCGGUGGGUGGUGGUGUCAGCUCGUUGAACGUUCAGCUGAGGAAGGAGCUCGAUCUCUAUGCUUCGCUUGUAAAUUGUUUUAACUUGCCUGGUUUGCCAACGCGGCACGAGAAUGUCGAUAUUGUCGUGAUUCGGGAGAACACGGAGGGAGAGUAUGCGGGCCUCGAGCACGAGGUUGUUCCUGGCGUUGUUGAAAACCUUAAGGUGAUAACAAAGUUCUGUUCAGAACGAAUUGCGAAAUAUGCAUUUGAGUAUGCUUACCUCAACAACAGAAAGAAAGUUACUGCUGUGCACAAAGCCAACAUAAUGAAACUUGCGGAUGGUUUGUUCUUAGAAUCUUGCCGGGAGGUUGCUACAAAAUAUCCAAGUAUCAAGUACAAUGAGGUUAUUGUCGACAAUUGCUGCAUGCAACUUGUUUCAAAGCCGGAGCAAUUUGAUGUCAUGGUAACUCCUAAUCUUUAUGGGAAUUUAGUGGCAAAUACAGCAGCUGGUAUUGCUGGAGGCACUGGUGUCAUGCCAGGAGGCAAUGUGGGGGCUGAUCAUGCCAUUUUUGAGCAAGGUGCGUCAGCUGGAAACGUGGGAAAUGAGAAGCUAGUGGAGCAAGGGACAGCAAAUCCAGUAGCUAUGCUUCUAUCCUCAGCCAUGAUGUUGAGGCAUCUCCAGUUUCCUUCAUUUGCCGAUAGACUGGAGACGGCUGUGAAGCGGGUAAUUUCAGAAGGCAAGCAUCGGACAAAAGACCUCGGUGGAAGUAGCACUACACAAGAGGUUGUUGAUGCUGUCCUUGCAUUUUUGGACUGAUCCACUCUGGAAAUUUCCUUGGCCCUUUCAACUUUAACUCCCAUUUUUGGCUGGAGAUUUUGACCCGCUUAUAGCCAGGGAUUUAUUUUCUUGUUCUAGAUCAUUGUCAGAAAACUAGAUAAUUUUUUCAAAAUAAUUCGCAUUAAAUAUAAGUUUACAGCGAGUUACAGCUUUUUAGGGAUGCUUAUGCUAUUUGCUGUAUCAAUGUGUCACACGUGUGGGGGAUACAGACUUCUACAAGUUUUAUUAAGAUUUCAAAAUUUUGAAUA